ACAGUGGCCACGCUAUCGGCCUGCGUCACAUUCAGCUCUGUUGCCUCAGUCACAGUUGGCUAAUCCUCCAUCGCGCCACUGGGACUUUGCCUCAUUUCCUUCUUCCUCUGCUGAAACGUUUCUGUUUGCGAGCGAGCGUUUCCUGUCUACCACGCAUCGCAGGGUCACGGCGUACGGGUCACGGGCUUCUGUUUGAUAUGACGUCGUCGGCUCUCGUGCGAGUCCGCGUAAACGGGAGAUAAGCGCCAGACCUUAACCUCUGGGCGAGUGCCGGGGGCUCAUUACUGCGCGUGGCUCUGAAGGUGCGCUGCGCUCCUUCGGUCCUUCGUCAUUCCACACCGUAAUCGCAGCCAGAGUGCGCGUGAGGACGUCCUCCGACGAGGCCAGGGCUCCCAGACCAUGAACUACGUGGGCCAGCUUGCGGAGACGGUGCUUGUGACGGUGAAGGAGCUGUACCGGGGGCUGAACCCGGCCACGCUGUCCGGGGGCAUUGAUGUGAUCGUGGUGCGUCAGCCCGACGGCUCGCUGCAGUGCUCGCCCUUCCAUGUGCGCUUCGGCAAGCUGGGCGUGCUGCGCUCCAAGGAGAAGGUGGUGGACAUUGAGAUCAAUGGGGAGCCUGUGGAACUGCACAUGAAGCUGGGGGAUAAUGGCGAGGCCUUCUUUGUGGAGGAGAAUGAACAUCUGGAGGAAAGGGUCCCGGCGCACCUGUGCACCUCCCCCAUCUCCAUGGAGGGUGCAGAGAGCCGCGAGACGUCCGAGUCUCCGCCCAGCACGCAGUCCCGCAGGAAGAAGCGCCGGCGCAAACGCAUCCGCUCAGACCCUCACCUGCGCGAGGACGGCGGCUCGUCCUCGGACGACAGGGACGCCACGGAAACCGAGAUGCGCGAGGAGCCCCUGACCCCCAGUUUAGCCAGCAUCAAGUCUGUGUACUACUCCAUUUCUGAGGAGCCAUACGAGGAGGUGGUGAGCGCUCCAGCCAGGACCGUGCGCGCCCACUCUGACGGGGAGGUGUGCUCCUCUGAGAGUGUGUACUGCAACCGGCCACCUUCUCCCAAGAGUGACUCGGAGCUGCUGGUCAAGCCCCAGGAGACAUCAGAGCCUGAGAUACUGUGGCAAUGGGGCGGCUUCCCAAAGGUGUAUGGCAGGAGUGAGAGGACACAGGUGGAGGUGCAGAGAACCUCCCCCCUGCCCUUGGCCCUGUCCUGCUCCCAGAGCACGCACUUCCGCACCAUCCAGCGGCAGGACUCCUUCGACAUGGACCCAGAGCUCCAGCAGGAGAGCGGGAGUCCAGCGGGAAGAGUGACCGUCAUCAGGCCUGAGCCCCGCCCCGGCACCUCCCACAGGGAUAGCCCGCCCACUGAGGAGCCCCCAGGAACCUGCUACUCCACCCCAAACCUGCCCCCAGGAGCCUCCUACAAUAACCCAAACCCGCCCCCAGGAGCCUCCUACUCCACACCAGACUCAACCCUGGGACCCUCCCACUCCACACCAGACUCAACCCUGGGACCUUCCCACUCCACCCCAGACUCAACCCUGCAGCCCUCUCCCCUCCUAGCACAGAACCCCUCGGAGUCCCCGCCCGCAGAGCCCGAGGCAAAGCCCUCUCUCCUCCCGGAAACGGACCCCCUGUCCUUGGAGCAGAGGCAGGUUUCCUGUCCCGCUGACCGUGCUGUGGAUGGGGAGGCCCUUCAGGGAGCCGCAGACUGGGAGGCGCAGAGCUCCGGACAGGGGCACAGGGACAGUGAGGUGGUUGUCUGCCUGGGGGUUGGGGAGGAGGAGGGAGAGCAGGGCUCCUCUGAAGAGGUGGCUCCUUCCCCCCUGAGCGACCAGGGCCUGGUCACCAAGGUGACGGAUGCCGCCCAUGUCGGGGAGAACGAGUUGCAGCCGGAGAGCCAGGCUGGCUCAGCCGAGACGGCAGCCAAAGACACACAGGACAAAAAGAGAGGGAAACGAAGCCAGCACCUGGGGCCCUCAGACAUAUACCUGGACGACUUGUCUAACCUGGACCCAGAAGUGGCUGCCCUCUAUUUCCCCAAAAGCGAGGCGGAGGCGGGGUCUCGGGCGGGGGCGGAGCCAGGCUCCCACUCGGGGAACCAGUCCCCCCAGUCUGUGGGCAGCGGGGCGAUGGACAGCGGCACGGAGUACCUCUCCGACUCCACCGGGGACCAGCUGGACGUCACCAUGUCCCUCUGCGGCAGGGUGGUGGACACCAGCCACAUCAACAAAGAGAAAUUCAAUGAGCACCUCGUCGGUUUUCAAGAUCUUGUCAAGAACCCUGGCAUUAUUGAGGACCCCAAUCUUGUCAUCUGCAUUAAUUCAAAUUAUUAUAACUGGGCUGUGGCUGCUCCGAUGGUCCUGUCAAUGCAAGCCUUUCAGAAGAACCUGCCAAAGAGUAGCAUAGAGCAGCUGGUGAAAGACAGGAUGCCCAAGAAGUCCGGGCGCUGGUGGUUCUCCUGGCGACGGAGAGACAUGGACACUAAACAGCUGCAGUUACAGCAGGCCAGUUCUAAACUUGGUCAGCAGGUGGAGCAGUUGGGACAGUUGGGGCCUCUGGAGCCGGACCAGGGUCCCUCCACCUUAAAGGAGAAGGCGGGCCAGGCGUCCAGCGACGAGGACAGGGAUUCUGGGAGAGCGCGGGAGGGCAGCUUGUCUGACACCCUGUCCGCCUCGCAGUGCUUCAGCCAGAUAUACCGCAAGUCCCUGCGCCUCACCACGGAGCAGAUAGAGCAGCUCAACCUGCGUGAGGGGGCCAACAAGGUGGUGUUCAGCGUGACCACUCAGUACCAGGGCACCUGCCGCUGCGAAGCCGCCAUCUACCUGUGGAACUGGGACGACAAGGUGGUCAUCUCCGACAUCGACGGCACCAUCACCAAGUCAGACGCCCUGGGCCACAUUCUUCCUCAGCUGGGGAAAGACUGGACCCACCACGGCAUCGCCAGACUCUACCACAAAAUACACCAGAAUGGUUACAAGUUCCUGUACUGCUCGGCGAGGGCGAUCGGCAUGGCGGACAUCACCAAGGGCUACCUGCAGUGGGUAAACGACAGAGGAACCGUUCUGCCUAAAGGCCCCGUCCUGCUGGCUCCCAGCAGCCUCUUCUCUGCUCUGCACAGGGAGGUGAUUGAGAAGAAGCCCGAGGUGUUCAAGGUGGCCUGUCUCACCGACAUUCGGGACCUCUUCAGUCCUCACAGACAGCCGUUCUACGCUGCCUUCGGAAACAGGACCAAUGAUGCCUACGCCUACAAGCAGGUGGGCGUGAUAGAGGCCCGGAUCUUCACCGUCAACCCCAGAGGGGAGCUCAUCCAGGAGAAAACAAAGGGGAACAAGUCCACGUACUCCCGGCUGAGCGAGCUAGUGGACCAUGUCUUCCCGCUGUUCGUGAGGGGCAGGACCUCCUCCUUCGACUACCCAGAGUUCAGCCACUUCUCCUUCUGGAGAGAGCCCCUUCCCCCUGUAGACCUGUCUGCCCUGCUGUAGCCUUCAUAUCUGCCCACUUCCCCUUAUCUGUGCUCUCUCUAUCUCUUUACCCAUCCUUCUCUUCCCCCUCUAUCUCUCUCGCUCUUUUUCUCCCUCCCUCUCUACCUCUCCCUUUCCUUCACGGACAACACUAUAAAGAGAAAGAGUUUUCUAGGGUACUCUGUGAUCCCCUUCUGGGCUUUAGCCAUCUCCUAAUGAAUAAGGCACCUGACCAAAGAUGAAACGGCCGAGCACAGCAAAGAAGGAGGUAAUGCCUGGUGUCCCUGAAAGCCUCAUUCACUUCCAGAUCUGUGACCAAAGCCGGAAGCUGCCUAACACAUUGACCUGCGGUUGUAUCCUGCCCAGAGGCCACAAGCGACAUAUAGGUUUCUAAAGCCUUGUACUGUAUCAAACCUCAUUCUGUUACCCACAGCCGUGUGCCUUGCACCGUAAAGGUGAGGAGGUGUUUAUUUGCACUCAAUAUUGCCAUUUUAUUGGUGUCAAACUAAGGGCUGUAUCUUUUUUUAAGUGCAUGUUUUAGGGAACUGGAUUGAUAUUGCGGACUUUACACUGUAACGGCCGAAUGGAGAAGCACAUAAAAAAGUAGUUUCUUUUUUUAUUUCAAUGUGUUUUUGGGAUUUAUAUAAAAAUGAGGGUUAUGUAGCCUGUAUAGUUAAUAAGUACCAUUUCAGUUUGUAUUGUGAAGUGUAUAAUAAAUUGUGUAUUUAUUUGCAAGAUUUUGAAAUUUUUGAAAUAUUUACCAAAUAUUUCCACUGGAGUCCUCACCAAAAACAAAUGAAAUGUGAUUUUAGCCUUUAUUCUAAAAGGUGUCUGAGCUGUGUAUUUAAAGAUACAAGGGAUCUGGAUAUGACAUCAUUCAACAGUCAGUGUAAGAGCAUGACUGAUCCAGGCAGUUAUCUGACUGAAUCUUUUAUUGUAAGAGUGUGACAGAUUCAGGCAGUCACCUCACUGAAUCUUUUAGCAUAAGAGUGUGACUGAUCCAGGCAGUCAUCUGACCGAAUCUUUCAGUGCAAACACGUGACUGAUCCAGGCAGUCAUCUGACUGAAUCUUUCAGUGUAAGAGCGACUGAUCCAGGCAGUCAUCUGACUGAAUCUUUCAGUGCAAGAGCGUGACUGAUCCAGGCAGUCAUCUGACUGAAUCAUUUGUUUUUGAUGUAUUUCAGCGAUUGAAAGUUCGAUUUGUAGUAGUGCAAACUCCUGACAAAAGGAAGAUUUUUAUUUCAGCAGCACUUCGAUGAAAACUUUCUGUGUCACUGUGUACUGUUCCCAGUAAAUAAGUACUGUGUGUAUUAUUUAACAAAUAUUAUUUUAUACUUUUUCCUAUUUAAAAAAAGAAAAAUCAAUGCAUUUUCUUCCUAACCCUGUCGGAAGUGAAAUCGGGCCCACGGUUGCCCUGCAGUGACACUGGAUUGCCUGCAGGGGGCAGAGGCUGUCCUUGUUGCAGACUGCUGAGGAUUGUGGGAUGUUGGUGCGUGUUCUGCAGUAAGGAGCACAGGUUCUCUUCUCCUCAGCUCUUCGGUGAUGCCGUAUUCUGUCCUGCCAAGACUAACUUUAUGUGGCGGAAAAUGUAAUGCCUCACAGGGCUGAAUAAAUUAAUGCUUGAAAACA